AUGGUAAUUUCGCUGCAUACUGCCCAAUUAGCAGUGCUCAGCGCAGCGAUGAGUGAGGAUAGUUGUGAAUUCUAUGAACUGCUCGAAAUGAUGGUUCCAUGUGGCGCAAGUGGAUAUGUGAACGAUUUUGCGUACAAAUACUGCGAAGCUUACUUAGACGAACGAGAUAAUUUUAUUGACAAGAAAUGGCAAAAUGGUGUCCGUACUUGUCUUCAACGGUCCAUGCUAUCUAAACUGCAGUCAAAUCCUGGAGCGUCAUGUGCACAAAUUAGAACUUGGGGCUUCAAUUCGCAUUUAGGAUGCUACAUGCGACCCAUUCCUAGUUCACCGGAAGUGAAAUUCUGUCGACUUCCGUCGAAAGAUAUUAUUAAAAUUUCACGGAUCGCCAUUGGUGAAGUAAUCGAAAGAGAAGUGAGGGGGCAAUUUGCAAAAAUGGUGAAGGAAUGCGCCGGACAGUAUCUACAGGACGUCAAUCAAGAUUUCGUGAAUUUUCUUAAGAAGACAAUGGCGAGUAUCAACUGGCCAUGGUAA